GUUUGGAGCAUAAUAUUCUUAUAUAAUCGUUUGGUGCGGGACAGGGGCUCUCGGAAAUGGUCGGGAGUUGGUGAUUGGGGGCUAUUCUAAAGUACUAUUAAUAUGCUUUGGCCUACCCUCUGAGAUUUAUUCUCGUUUCCCAUUUCUAUUUGCUUUGCACCGGUCGCGUCGGCAGUUGUUACUUUAUGCAGGAAGUAAUAUAAGUGUUCUCUCCAUCCUGAUAUACAAGAAGUCCUUGUAAGCGAAGAAUAUGGCAGAUACACUACCAACCAGCCUGUCCACCGCAUUGGACAUCUCUCCUUCGGGAGACCACUUGUCUCUGGAGCUUCCAACGGAUAUUGCAUUUGGUGCAGUCAGCUGUGGGGGCUAUGUAGCUAGUUUGAUGGCGAAAUAUGCCGUCGUUCAUGCUUCGAAACAUGAGAAACUACGAACGCAGACAGAUAUUCGAACCGCAUUGGCCCAGUUCUAUCGUCCGAUUAUUGCAUCAAAGCCAGUUCAGAUGCAGCUGCGCGAAGUGAGCCUUGGUAAAGCAUGGUCCACAUUACGCAUUGAGACUUUUCAAUUUGGGAAGAUUGCAGCAUCUGCUGAUAUAUGGCUCUCUGACUUCCAAUUACCGGGCAUCAAUCUCCAGACAGGCUGGCAUUUGACUACCCGUCCAGUUGAUCUGUCAAAACUCGAAAUGGAUUGUGACCCUGAAUGGACAUCUUACCAAACGGCGUUCCAUCGGAAUGGAUUUAGACGCGGUCACUCCUAUGUGAGAAAUUUCAUCCCAAAGUCUUGGCCCUCUGAUAUAAAAUUCACAGAGCAAUGGAUCCUACCUGGCUGGGACUGUUUCCCUCGAGGAUCCUGUGCGAUGCAGAAAGACGAGGAGAAAGCACGAUGGACAACGGAGAUGAUACAGUUUGCUAUAGAUAUGAGCCUCCCUGUUCAGGAGAACUUUUUCCCACGAACAAAGCGAUUACCCACGGGUAGUGUUGCUGCUACGCUCGAAUUUGCGGAAGCCCAAAGGCAGGCCCGGAUCCAAGGAAAGCCGAACUGGAGGGAGCUAGAGUUGGAUGGGUCGACGGAGCCUAACACGGAGACUGUUAAUGUAGCAUUGUCUAUGUCGACAGAGGUGAAGAAAAAUCUUCCACCGGGUGGUGUUCGAUGGCUCUACUUGCGCAGCGAGGUCAAGCGUAUUAUAGAUGGAAGAAUGGAUAUGGAAAUACUUCUGUGUGACGAAACCAUGGAGUUAAUUGCCAUUAGUCAACACGCUGCACAGAUCAUACCUUCGGCCCAAAAAUGGGAAAAAGGAGGGAAAGAUGCGAAAAUAUGACUGGAUUCAUAGCAGAUGUUCCGGGGCUGGGGCUUCGGGUUUAGAAGUGUGUUACCUUUUAUAAAUGAACAACAAAUUACCAUGGUGAAUCAACCAUCCCCUGGAAGUGAAAUUCUUCAAUAACUGGGCACUACUCCAUCAUUGACCAAUUUUCGUGUUUGAUGGUGCUUCUUCCUGCAACCAACCUGCUGAGAGUUCUAAACGUCGAAGUUCCUUGAGUCUCGACUGCCAUACCUGCAUUAAACUCAUUGAAUGUCAAAUUCCGAAGCAUGAUGGCCAGUAGAGAGCCAACCUCAUAUUUCUACAAGGGCCUAUUGCGGUCAACAGAUGCACCAUCUUCGUAGCGAGUGAGUUUACGAGCUUUCCAAUAGCGGCCGCAGCAAAUACGUGUAUCCCAUUUUCAAGAGAGUCGGAUGCUGUUAAUUGCUCUAGUGCUGAUGGCUGACGGCCAUGUUCAUCUUUCAAUGCAUUCCUGCUGAUUUGCAUAAAUCCUUAUACAUAUUCGACUGCUCGUGCGCUU